AUGGGUUCUGAGUCUCCAGUCAAUUUCUCAGGUGGAUCUCCUAGGGCUAGGGUUCACCAUGUUACCCAAACUAGCAAUGACCUUGACAGUGACAUUGGGGGUGUUGAAUUUGCAACCUACACUGUCCACAUACCCUCUACACCUGAUAAUCAGCCCAUGGGAAUGUCCAUGGAGUGGUCCACUUCUCAGAGAGUUGAGGACCAGUAUGCUUCCAGUUCUUUGUUUACCGGCGGUUAUAAUUGCAUUACCCGAGCUCAUUUGAAGGAAAAGGUGAUUGAGUCCGUAACUAGCCAUCCCCAGAUGACCGGUGCGAAAGGGUCGAAUUGCUCUGUGCCCGGUUGUGAUGCUAAGGUAGUCACUGAUGAGCGGGGAGUAGACAUAGUCCCGUGUGAGUGUGAUUACAAGAUCUGUUUGGAUUGUUAUAGGGACGCUAUAAGAACCGGUGAUCAAAUUUGUCCUGGCUGCAAAGAACCUUAUAAGGAGCUGGAUGUGAGUGAGUAUGCUGGGAAUAAUGGGCAGCAUCUGCAGGUGCCAUUCACUUCGAAGAUGGAGAGGAGGUUGUCGUUGAUGAAGUCAACAGCAGUGAUGGGGCGUCAGAGCAGUGAGUUUGAUCAUACCAAAUGGUUGUUCGAGACAAAGGGGAGUUAUGGAUAUGGAAAUGCUAUAUGGCCAAAGGUUGCUGUGGAUGGGAGCCAGGAGGGGAUUGGCGGUGAUCCUAAAAUCUUUCAUGACAAGCAAUGGAGGCCACUUACGCGCAAACUGAAUAUCUCUGCUGCAAUUCUGAGUCCUUAUCGGAUCCUAAUAUUAGUUCGAAUGGUUGUCCUUGGACUAUUUUUGCAAUGGAGAAUCAGAAACCCUAAUGAGGAUGCAGUGUGGUUGUGGGCUAUGUCUGUCGUUUGUGAAAUCUGGUUCGCCUUCUCCUGGCUACUUGAUCAGCUUCCAAAGCUCUGUCCCAUCAAUCGCAUUACUAAUCCUGAUGUUCUAAAGGAGAAGUUUGAAUCACCUAAUCCCAGCAAUCCUACUGGAAAAUCUGAUCUUCCAGGCAUAGAUAUUUUUGUAUCAACAGCAGAUCCAGAGAAGGAACCACCUCUUGUCACUGCAAACACCGUUCUAUCAAUUCUGGCGGCUGACUACCCUGUUGAGAAGCUUUCUUGCUAUGUUUCUGAUGAUGGAGGUGCACUUUUGACCUUUGAGGCCAUGGCAGAAGCUGCUAGUUUUGCUAAUUUAUGGGUGCCAUUUUGCCGGAAGCAUGCUAUUGAGCCACGAAAUCCAGAAUCGUACUUCAAUCUGAAGAGAGAUCCUUAUAAGAAUAAAGUACGGCCAGAUUUUGUCAAGGACCGCAGACGGUUGAAGCGUGAGUAUGAUGAAUUUAAGGUUAGGAUUAAUGGCCUUCCUGAUUCAAUUCGAAGACGUUCGGAUGCCUAUAAUGCUCGGGACGAGAUGAAGGCUAUGAAACUUGGGAGAGAGAUUGGAAAUGAUGAAGCAGUAGAAAAGAUAAAGAUCCCGAAAGCUACUUGGAUGGCUGAUGGAACCCAUUGGCCUGGCACUUGGACAGUUUCUGUGCCUGAGCAUUCUAGGGGUGAUCAUGCCAGUAUCAUGCAGGUGAUGUUGAAACCUCCUAGUGAUGAACCACUUAGAGGAACAUCAAUGGAUUCAAGUUCCUUGGACCUAAGUGAGGUUGAUAUUCGUCUCCCCAUGCUCGUUUAUGUUUCUCGCGAAAAGCGGCCUGGCUAUGAUCACAACAAGAAAGCUGGUGCCAUGAAUGCUCUGGUUCGCGCCUCAGCGGUCAUGUCCAAUGGCCCCUUCAUUCUCAACCUUGACUGUGACCAUUAUGUCUACAACUCCCAAGCACUGAGAGAAGGUAUGUGCUUCAUGAUGGACCGAGGUGGUGAUCGCAUUUGUUACGUGCAGUUUCCUCAGAGGUUUGAAGGAAUUGACCCUUCUGAUCGCUAUGCCAACCACAACACUGUUUUCUUUGAUGUCAACAUGCGUGCGCUUGAUGGCCUUCAGGGUCCAGUUGGUUUCUCUGCCCGUCGUCGCACAAGGAAAUCUUCUUCAUCAGUUGCUUCUGCCCCUGAAGUUGCCUCCCAAGACUGCCAAUCAAUUGAAGUUGGAGAGUUUGGUGAUGAUGAAGAAAUGAAUCUUGCUCUUGUUCCUAAAAAGUUUGGAAACUCAAGCUUCCUUGUUGACUCAAUUCGAGUGGCAGAAUUCCAAGGUCGGCCCAUUGCUGAUCAUCCAUCCAUGAAACAUGGACGGCCCCCGGGCGCUCUCACUCUCCCUCGGGAGCUUCUUGAUGCAUCAACGGUUGCAGAGGCAAUCAGUGUCAUCUCAUGCUGGUACGAGGACAAGACUGAAUGGGGCCAGAGAAUUGGGUGGAUUUAUGGAUCAGUAACUGAAGAUGUGGUGACAGGUUACCGGAUGCACAACCGUGGAUGGAGAUCUGUUUAUUGUGUUACAAAGAGGGAUGCUUUCAGAGGGACUGCCCCCAUCAAUCUUACUGACCGGCUGCAUCAGGUGCUCCGAUGGGCUACUGGCUCUGUUGAGAUUUUCUUUUCUCGCAACAAUGCUCUUCUGGCCAGCUCAAGGAUGAAAAUUCUGCAAAGGAUCUUUUACCUGAAUGUGGGAAUGUACCCUUUCACUUCCUUUUUCCUCAUUGUCUACUGCUUCCUUCCCGCGCUCUCCCUCUUUUCUGGUCAGUUCAUUGUUCAGUCCCUCAACAUAACCUUCCUGGCAUACCUCCUGGGCAUCACAAUCACCCUCAUUCUUCUCGCCGUGCUGGAGAUCAAGUGGUCUGGCAUUGCACUGGAAGAGUGGUGGAGGAACGAGCAGUUUUGGUUGAUUGGAGGCACAAGUGCUCAUCUAGCUGCUGUGCUGCAAGGCCUUCUGAAGGUGAUAGCAGGAAUAGAGAUUUCCUUCACUUUGACAUCGAAAUCUGGUGGUGACGAUGCAGAUGAUGAGUUUGUUGAUCUCUACAUCUUCAAAUGGACGUCUCUGAUGAUACCACCCAUCACCAUCAUGAUGACAAACUUGAUUGCAAUUGCAGUUGCAACUUGUCGAACGAUAUACAGCGUGAUACCGCAGUGGAGCCGGUUGCUUGGAGGCGUGUUCUUCAGUUUCUGGGUGUUGGCUCAUUUGUAUCCGUUUGCCAAAGGGCUCAUGGGAAGAAGAGGGAAGACACCCACCAUUGUGUUUGUGUGGUCUGGUCUUAUGGCAAUCACCAUUUCUCUCCUUUGGGUGGCUAUCAGCCCCCCAUCAGGCACUAAUCAAAUUGGGGGCUCAUUCCAGUUCCCUUAG